CAUUCAGGCAAAUACACUGCGACUGCAAUCACUGGACAUCAUAAAAGAAGCGUGAAACUACGUAUUAACUGUAACUCCAGUUAUUACUUUAACGAAAUUCUACCAACUCCAGGAUAAAUGAGAAUAAAUUAUCAAUCCUACUGAAUUCUUAAACGAACCCAUUUCGAUACAAUUUUGCGAGAUAUAUCGCAGAAUAAAACUGGUAAUAUCUUGAGACUUGUGUGACAACUGGUGACUGGUGUAGCAGGUUGUGUAGUUUCAAAAUGUCAACAAUUGCAAGUCCAUUAUCAGUAGCAGGCACUCGCUCAUCAGGGACACCGAUACGGACACAAAAUGUAAUGGCAGCUUGUUCCAUUGCCAAUAUUGUGAAGAGCUCAUUGGGUCCAGUCGGCCUAGACAAGAUGUUAGUGGAUGACAUUGGUGAUGUGACUGUUACUAAUGAUGGGGCCACUAUUUUGCGCUUACUUGAAGUGGAGCAUCCAGCGGCUCGUGUGUUGGUAGAACUGGCACAGCUACAGGAUGAAGAAGUUGGAGAUGGAACUACCUCAGUGGUGAUUAUAGCAGCUGAGUUGCUGAAAAAUGCUGAUGAACUUGUUAAACAGAAGAUUCAUCCAACGUCCAUUAUCAGUGGCUACCGACUGGCGUGCAAGGAGGCUUGCAAAUACAUCCAGGAGCACCUAACCGUUAGCGUGGAGGAGCUGGGCAGAGAGUGCUUAGUUAAUGCAGCUAAAACAGCAAUGUCUAGCAAGCUCAUAGGACCGGAUUCAGAGUAUUUCUCGAACAUGGUAGUGGAUGCUGCUCAGGCAGUGAAGGUGUCAGAUGGCAAAGGUGGCUUCUUGUGCCCUGUGAAAGCAGUGAACAUUCUGAAAGCUCAUGGCCGUAGUGCCAGGGAGAGUGUGCUGGUGGCAGGAUAUGCCCUAAACUGCACUGUGGCAUCUCAAGCUAUGCCAAAGAGGAUAGUGAAUGCCAAGAUUGCCUGUUUGGACUUUCCUCUGCUGAAGGCUAAGAUGAAGUUGGGUGUACAGGUGUGUGUUGGUAGAAGUAUGCAGUUUGGUUAUUGUAUUAUUAUUAUUUCGGUCAGGAAAGACCAUGUCUCUGUGGCAUUGUAGCUGCUAAUGGGCCCG